UCCAGACCCCGUGUUUGGUACUUUGUUUCUUUUUUCUUCUGCCGCAAACAGCGAUGAAAUUCUCGUCCUUUGACCGUGAACAAGUCUUUCUUUCCUCGCUCUUUCUGUGCCUUCGUAUUCUCAGUUUUCUCACCGCUUGUCCUCGCCUUCGUCAUGCAUUGCUAUCGCCGUAUAUAAGAAAGCGAUCGUCGAGAAGCGUUGCAAAGCACGGAUCAUCUCGCACCAGUCGACAAAUACAGUGCGCUAAUAGACGUUGCUUCGUACGGAUCAGCAACAUUACGUCUUCGAGAUGUUUGCGAAAGUUCCAUGGGUUGCUGUGACAAUAAUCGCGCUAUUUUGUGUUUAUACUUCCGCUCAAACGGUACCACAGAAUUGUAUAGGUUGUAUGUGCGAAAUGAGCUCAGGAUGUAACACCACUAUCGGAUGUAUGCACGACGUAUGUGGACCUUUCGCCAUAACAUGGGGUUUCUGGUCUGAUGCUGGUAAACCAACUCUAAACGACGAGCCGGUCAAUAACGACGCUUAUUCCAAUUGCGUUAACGAACCCUACUGUGCUGCUCGUACGGUAGAAAAAUAUAUGUUCUUUUACGGUCACGAUUGCACCGGAGAUGGAGUGGUCGACUGCCACGAUUUUGUACGCAUUCAUCAAUUUGGUCCAUUAGGUUGUACACGCGAGCUAUCAGAGCAAUUUGAGAAUAAAUUCAAGUUAUGUUUACGAACCUACGAAAAACAAUGAUGUGUAUGUCAUGGUACCACCUAAUAACAACGCUCUAAUUAUCGCAAUAUAUACAUAUUCGAUAAAGACUCAUCUUGUAUCUGUAUGAAAUGUUUGAGAUACUGCUGUUCACUCUUGUUAGUAAUGGAGGGAUAUCUCCGCUUUUAGUUUCGCCCACUCAAUUUUAUUUACGAAAGGCGUUCAAGUAAAAUCGGGGCUCUUGAUUGUGCAAAAUAAUACAACACAUUUAUGGAAACUAUCUUUCUUUCUUAAUGUAAUUCCCUGCUAAUGUACUUAUGCUAUGUACUUGCAUUUUAGUAUCCAAGCACUAGCGAAAGGCUCGGAUAAGUACAUUAAUGUAGCAGGAAAUUAUAACAGGAAAUAAAAGUAGUUUCCACUCUUAUAAAUGUGUUCUAUUAUUCUGCGUAAUCAAAAGUUUGACUUGAACCCUCCACAUAGUAUAAUUGUAUCUAUUAAAUACAAUUGAUAUGCAAUAAAUAUCUCAAUUGGAAA